UUUUGUAGGGAGCGGUAGCACCAGCGCGCCCAGGAGGGCUGUGUGAGAGCCGGGGAGAAUGGCGGCCAUUCUCUCGGCCUCUCGCGUCUCGAUAUUGACGGCCUCCCGUGCCUCCAUAAUGACGCGACUCGGAACGACGGCUCGUGCGUCGUGCAGUCGCCGAUUGCUCUGCGUGUCUUCCGCUCGUCCGGCCUCUUCGGCCUGUCCACUUCCCUCGCGCGUUCCCGCCAGCCGUCCCUCGAUAGUAGCACUCAGGCAGAUUUUGUGCUUCGCGCCGCCCGUAGCGCAUCCAUCAGCACGUGCUUGCGGCGAGAUUCUCGGAUCCUCCUAUUGGGGAGCUCGAUUUUGCAUCAACGCGCAUUCACCGCCGCUUUUCCCACCAGAUACUACGGCUCCUGCCAAUAGUCGGCGCAGCAUUUCCACCAUUCAUCUGCCAGGCUCGGCGCAACCCAAGCCUGAGCCUCGGCAGCAGCCGCCGAACCUGCCUCCGAACCUGACCGUAGCUUCGGUAACGCGGGAGAACUUCGAGGAGGUGUUCGAGACCCAGGUCAAGCCCGCGCUGCAAGCGGCUGACUUCAUUUGUCUGGAUCUGGAAAUGAGCGGUCUAGAUUCGGGGUCGUUCAGGCGGCCGUUGGAUGCGGACACUGUAGCAACGCGGUUUCUCCACGGGCGGCACAGCGCGAUGCAGUAUGCGGUGAUGCAGCUGGGGGUGUGCUCGUUCAGAUGGGACGAGGAGCGGAAGGAGUUCAUCGUUCACCCGUUCAACUUCAAGGUCUUCCCCCGGUCGGAGAUCCCGGGCUUUAAGGGCGUGCCAGUGCACUCCUUCCAGUGCCAGCCGUCCUCUCUGGAGUUCCUUGCAGCUCACCACCUCGACUUCAACAGCUGGGUGCAGCACGGGAUCUCGUACCUGUCCCACGAGCAAGAGGAAGCCGCAUGGAAGUUUCUGGACCUCCCUCCCCCAUCAGCCACAGCAACCAAUAAGGGCUCAGCUCCCAGCCAACAAGGCAGCGCUGACGUGGCACAGCCCACCAAUCACACGCAAGCCAGCACAAGCAGCAGCAGCAGCAGCAGCCGAUACAGCUGGCGUGACAGCGGCGACCGAACCGACCCGUCCUCCGCUCCCUUCCCGCGCGUGCAAUUUGCCAUGAAGAGCCUAUCGCGCGUCGACAUGUGGCUGGCGCGGCUGAGAGCAGCAGCGCAGGUUCAGUCUCAGGCGAGGGAGCUUGCCGGUGGUGGUGUGGGGGAUGGUGAAGGGGAUGGUGCAGGCGAUGGUGCAGGCCAUGGUGUAGGGGUGGGUGCAGGGGUGAGUGCAGGGGUGGGUGCAGGGGUGGAUGUGGGAGGGGAUGGCAGCAGCAGCAGUGGUGGUUUGCCGUGUGCUUUAGCAGCAGUGGUUGGUGGGAGGCCGUGGCUCUCUCUCAGAAUAAACGAUGCCUUCAACUGCCAUGCUGCCGAUCAGGCCAUUCGCUAUAAGCACCCCUAUCUGGCGUCACACGAGGAGCGAGUGGGCGCGUACAAGCGAGUGCGGCUCUUCCUGUGCCAAUCAAAGGACGAGGCUGAGGACUUGCAGAAUCGGCUGCUGGGCCUGCGGCAAUCAGAGGCGGCAGCAGUGGUGCGCAAGGCGGUGGGGGUGAGGCGAGUGGUGGACGCCUUGGCUCUGGCAUGCCAGGAGAAGCCCCUCGUUGCACACAGCUUCUUCCUCGACCUCUCGCAUAUUCUUCACAAGUUCGUGGGCCGCCUGCCGCCCUCCCCGGCAGCCUUCUCUCACGAGGUUCGCCGGCUCUUCCCCGCACUGUGGGACACCAGCUGGCUCUCUGCGGCUGCCCUUCUCCACCAGGAAGUUGCAAGCACCAACAGGCGCGCAACACUCAGCGAUCUCUAUGAUGUUUCGAGGAACCUUCCUUUUGUGGGUGGGGCGCCCAUGCGAGUGCAGUUCGGCCACGAGGCUGCCAGAUAUUCGACAUCAAACGGCCAGGAUCUGAGCCACGAGGCGGCAUACGAUGCAUUUAUGACAGGAGUGGUGUUCGCCCAAACCUGCCACCGCCUCGGCCUCCCGCCCCACCUCCUCUCCUCCCUCCCCCCCGCUGCCGCUGCUGUUGCGGCUGCUGCUAGGGAGGAGGCAGGGAGAUGGGGAGAGGAGACGAAGGGGGAGGGGAGGGGAGUGGUGGUGGAGAGGUGGAGACGAGGAGAAGGGGUUGUGAGUAGGAGGGGAGAGGUGGAUGUGGGUCGUUGGAGUAAAGUCAGUCAACGCAGCAAAGGGAGCACCAGUAUAUCAGCAGCAGAUGCACCAAUGGCAGCGGCACCAUCAGCAGCAGCAGCAGCAUCAGGGUUAGCAACAGCAGCAGCAUCGGCAGCAGCAGCAGCAGCAGCAGCAGCAACAGUGGCUCGACUGUCCAACAUCACCACCCUCAUAGGCAAGGGCGCCAGGGACAUUCAUCUAGACCUGGCCACAGGGCGUGCUGCCGUUGGCUGCAGGGCCCCCUCCUUUGACACCCUCCUGUCUAUCCACCCUUCCUCCUCCUCCUUCUCCUCCUCCCCUCUGUCUCCCAACAGCAGCAGCCACAUCUCCGCACCCACCACUCCCAGCUCCAGCAUUGAUCUCACCAGCAGCAGCAGCAGCAGCAGCAGCAGGAGGGAGGAGGACCGGUCCAACGUGCUCUUCGUGUGGGGCGUGCCGCCCUCGCUCCCCCCUCAGCGCCUGCGCUUCCUCCUGCGCGGCCUGCUGGGCUACAAUGCGCCCCUCGAGGUCGAGCUCAUCGACAGUGGUGCCCCCGAUGGCAGCACUGCCACUGAUGGCUGCGGUGCUGCCUUUGGCCGUAGUGCCGCCCUUGUGAGGUUCGGCAGUGGGAAGGAGAGGGAUGUGGAGAAUGUGGGGAGGGUUAUGGGGGGGCUGGGGAGAGCGCUGGCAGGGAGUGGGAGAGGUGGUGGUGGGGGGGCUGGGGUUGGGGAGAGGUUGGGAGAGAGAGCAGCAGCGGCAGCAGAGAUGGUUUCCCUUGGGAUUCGUGCUGCCCCUUUCUCAGCGUUUGUCACGUUGUGUGAGUGUACUGUUCCGUUUACGUCAGCUAGUGAGGGCGCUGAUGUGUUCAGGUUUGAUCAGCUCCUUUUGGCUGCUGGCCAGAGAUCCCCAGCUCGCACACAAGCUGUCAAAACAAGCCGACCGAACAUCAGAGAAGGGCGGGGAGCAAGGGAGGGCAUGGUGGUUGUUGACGGUGGUAGUAAGACUGGUACUGUGGUACAGCCGAGAGAACGAGUGCCUAAAUGAUUUGUGCUGUGCAUUUCUGUAGACGAAAUAAGCCACCAAACUAGGAAUUGCAGCAUACCAUGUCGGGAAGCUCCAGCAAAUUGGGCAUUGUGCUCUCCGCAUCAUGAACAUGGUGUACAAGAAAGCACUUGGUCGGGGUUGAAAAUGGGAAGGGAGACUUUCAUUUAUUGUUGUAUAGGUGAAGUCCCGUCAACUGCCAGGCCUCCGAUGCUACUUGCCCCUUCUAAGGCGCUUUCCCACAAUGAAGUAGUAUUAUAUCA